ACCAGCUUCCUCCUCACUUGGCACUCUCAAAAGCUCAGAAUUCUCAAGAAACAAACAGAAAAUAUGGAAGAAACAAAACCAUCGACAACAAAACCGAGAAGCAAAGCCAGCAAAAGAAGACCCUUCACUGAGGUCACCAAUUUAAUCCCUGCAUCUUUGCCUUCUUCACAGUCUUCUUCUUCUUCUUUAAUCAAACCCCCAACCAAAUCUUCACUCGCUUUGGAUCUCAAAUCUCCUCUCAUCAAACCCAAUAGUGAUAUUAAUUCUAACUCCAAGUUUACUGCCGUUGAGUCCACCACCAAUGAGAAUGACAGUAACAAGAAAAGGAAGAAGAAGGAGAAGAAGAAGGGGAAAAGUCAGAGUAACAAGGCAAACCUUAGCCCCAUGCUGUCUCCGUUGCACAAAAUGCCUUCUGUUUCGGGUACUGCUGAUUCUGUGGCUUUUGAGCCUUGCACGGUUUACAGCAGGAGAAAUACUGCAGAUAAAAGGAAGAGUAAAGGGAAGGAAAUUGCUGAGCCUUUGAGUUGGUCUCUUGAAACGAGGAUGCCGGACUUAAGUGAAAAAAAGGAUGGACAUGGUGAUAUCGGUCUCUCCAAAUCAUGCCCAUUGCCACGUAAAACGAAAAAACGAAUAGAGAAGGCUAAGGUAAAUGCUUCCAAGAAUGACUUGCCCCAAGAUUUCAUUGACAGGCAGAGAGCUUACUUUGCAGAGGUUGAUGCAUUUGAACUGGAAGAGGAGGUGGCAUCCGAUGAAGAGUUGGAAUAGAUGGAAAAGUAUAUAACCAAGUCAUUUAGGAUAAUUUGAUUAAAGUGUUCUAACCCUGUAAUAUCCUCUGUAUAUAGUUUACCGACAAAUUUUGGUGUAAUAACCACCUUACCCAGCGGUAUCGGAUGCUUGAUAGUAUUCCCCAUCAUAGUCUAGUGUACCCACUUCUUGUCUUCCCUAUUGGAAAAUCUAGUUUCCAGUAGUGUUAGUUGUAUUUGACUGUUUAUAUUUCUAUGUUUAGCAAAAUUGUAUUUCAUACAAACCAUACUCUGCCGACAC